AUGGCGGUCCUGUUGGAGACUUCGGCUGGCGAUAUAGUUAUUGAUCUCAAGGUCACGGAAGCACCCAAGCUUUGCGAGAACUUUCUAAAGCUCUGCAAGACCAAAUACUACAACUUUUCGCCAAUAUAUGGCGUUCAAAAAGGCUUUUCUUUCCAAACAGGUGAUCCCCUCGGCCCGGAUUCAGAUGAAAGUGAUGGAGGAAGCUCAAUAUGGGGGCUUAUUAAUGGGCCAGCUAUGCGAACAUUCAAUGUAGAUUUCAACCCACAUCUAAAACAUUUGGAAAGAGGAACUGUUAGUAUGGCGACGGCAGUAUCUACAAAGGACCCCGAUAAACGAGUAGCAGGAAGUCAAUUUAUCAUCACACUGGGCGAUAGCUUAGAUUAUCUCGAUGGCAAGGCAGCCAUUUUUGGCUCUGUCGCGGAAGGAUUUGAUGCCCUAGAGAAAAUAAAUGAUUCGUUCUGCGACGAAAAGGGACGACCUCUCGUAGAUAUUAGGCUUAAGCAUACAAUCAUCAUUGAGGACCCGUUUGAUGAUCCGCCUGGUCUAACUGAACCCCCGAAAUCUCCGUUACCGACUAAAGCGCAACUAGCAACAGUCAGAAUAGGCGAAGAUGAUAAUAUUGAGGAACCAGCCGAUGAUGAAGCUGUGGAACGAAUGCGUCGACAGCGCGAAGCUCGCGCUCAGGCCUUAACACUUGAGAUGGUCGGCGAUCUACCCUUUGCUGAGGUCAAGCCGCCAGAAAAUGUGCUCUUUGUUUGCAAAUUAAACCCAGUUACGACUGAUGAAGAUUUGGAGCUCAUAUUUUCUCGCUUUGGCACUAUUCUUUCAUGCGAAGUCAUUCGUGAUAAACGCACCAAUGACUCCCUUCAGUAUGCUUUUAUUGAAUACGAAGAACAAGCAUCCUGUGAACAAGCAUACUUUAAGAUGCAAGGUGUCUUAAUUGACGACCAUCGAAUCCACGUCGACUUCUCUCAGAGUGUGAGUAAACUGAGUGACAACUGGCGAUCGGUUACAAAUUCAAAAAGGAAAUCUCGAGGCGGUGGUUUUGGGGGUGUGAGUGGUCUAGAGAAGAAAAGACAGUACAAAAGUGGAGUAGAAAGAAAGGGGAGAGAGAAGAAAGAUAGAUAUGGUAUGAUUAUAGAUGAAGAGGAAAUGAGGAAAUGGCAUGAACGUGGAUCAAAAGAAGCGGGAUCUCGGAGGGAAUCUAGCCGCUCAAGGAGCCCUCAAGCUCGUGACAGUGGACACGGUCGAACAGAGGGUAGAGAAUAUAGGGCGAACGGUAGUGUUCGAGAAGAAAGGCAUGACCUAAACCGUAGGGAUAAUUUCUCUAAAAAUGAUUGGUAA